AAGGAAGUUAACUAUUAUCAGUACUAAGGCUAUAUGUAUGUUUUAAGAAAGAAUUUUUAUACGUGUUCGAUAAAAUAUUAUUAAGGCUUGUGUUCUUUUAAUAUAUUAUUUCUCAUAGUAUUAUUUGAAAUGUGGAUAUUUUUAGAGUUGUGAGUAGUGUGCAGUUAACUAAGUUCAGUAUGCAUUUAAGAAUUUUCUGAAAGCUAUAGAUAGAAAAUAAGGUGUAAAGUUAAAAAUGCCAAAAAAGUUUGGAUCUAAUACCAAGUCUGUUGAGGCACGAGAAAGACGUGAAGCGGUCAAAGCUGCUGAGAGGGAGCGAAAAGAAAGAGAAGCUGAAGAGGCUUUGUGGAAGGAUGAUGAUAAGCAUGUGUUGCGUAAACAACAAAGAAAGGAAGAAAGAGAAAAGAAGAAACAGGAAGUUCAGGAAAAGAAGCUUGCUAGUAAAAUGGCUUAUGAAGAGGAAAUGAAUUCUAUAAAACCUGCUAAGCCUGCUGUUACAAAAGUGACUCGGGCUGAAAUUGAAAAACUUACAGAGAAAUCAUUAGCCAAACCCCAGAAGGAGCCUUUACACAUUAAGACACCUCUGGAAGAAAAUGUAAAUCGACUUCAUGUUGAGGGAGAAGUUGCUCGCAGUGUGGACGAUGCUAUUGCAAUUUUAAGCAUAAGUAAUGAAAAGCCUGAUCUGCAUCCAGAGAAAAGAGUAAAAGCUGCAUAUCAAGCUUAUGAAGAAAGGAAUCUUCCCAGGUUAAAAGCAGAGAAUUCAAACCUCAGACUGUCACAGUUAAAACAAAUGUUGAAAAAAGACUGGAUGAAGUCCCCUGAAAAUCCAUUAAACCAGAGGCAUGCUGGUUUUAAGGCAUGAUGAAAAGCAAGUGUUCAACUGAAUGUUAAAUGUUUUGUAACUGUGUGUUAAAAUUUUGCAUUAUUAAAAGAAGUAUGACUGCACUGUGUUAAUAAAAACAGAAUUAUGAAGAAGCA